UGGAAGUCUUCGAAAGCUAGUUUUAUGAAUACCUACGUAUUAGACCUACCUACCUCAGAGACAAGAAACGCAGCUAUCUACCUACCUAGGCAGACAUACAGUGGUUCAUAACGAUGGAUGCACUCAGUAUAACCGCUAGCAUCAUCACUAUCCUCCAAUUAUCCUCUCAAGCCGUCGGCUACAUAAACUCAGCCUCUGGCGCGAAGGAACAUAGGAAAAAUCUUCGUGAAGAGUUAAGAUCAUGUGAAUCCAUUCUCAGACAGCUUAAGGAUGAAUCCGAUGACUCUGAGGAAGGUAAAGCAUGGUCAGACACGAUUAAGGUCCUCGAGAGCCCUGAUGGACCACUGGGUCGAUUAUCGAUUACCUUAGACAAAAUCGUGACCAAGCUUCAGCCCAAAGCUAACGAGAACAAGCUAUGGCAAAGUUUGAAAUGGCCUUUCGGCGAAAAGGAGAUAGGAGAGAUUAUCGCGGCUAUUGAACGCGAAAAGUCUCUCUUGGAUCUGGCUUUGGCUAACAACUCCCGGAAAUUAAUACAGGGAAUCAAGAAGACUUCAGAGGAAAAUGGGAAACGGCUUUUAGAGUUAACACGUGAACUCGAAAAAGGCUCAAGGGAUACUAAGGCAGACAUUUCAGGAUUAGAGGAUCGUAUGCAGUUCAUUCAGGAUUCGCAUGAAUGCCUCCACGAUGACCUAGGAAAACUUCAUCGUCAUGACGACGAUCAUGAAUUCCACCUGUUCCUUAAUUGGUUGGCCAAAAAAGACUAUUCCAUGCAACAAAACGACUUCAUUCGUAGGAGACAACCAGGAACGGGACGGUGGCUCUUGGAUUCUACGAAGUUCCGGGAAUGGGUAGAUACUCCGACGACGACCCUCUUCUGCCCUGGAAUGCCAGGCGCCGGAAAGACGAUCCUUACAUCGAUUGUUGUAGACGAACUUUCACGUCGGUUUGAAAAUGAUAAUGACAUCGGCGUUGCGUAUAUUUUCUGCAACUUUCGACAACACGAUGAUCAGCAGGCUGAAGACCUUCUCGCAAACUUACUCAAGCAAUUACAACAGUUUAGGCCUUUACCUCCUAGCAUGAAAGCUUUCUACCAGAGAUACAAGAAUAUGAACAGAAAACCUUGCCUGAACGAAAUAUCAGAUGCUCUCCGGUCAGUAAUGACGACAUAUCGAAGGGUAUUUAUAAUUAUCGACGCACUCGACGAGUGUCAGUCAUCUGAUAGGUCUGAAGAGAAAUUCCUGGCCGAGGUCCUUAAACUUAAGAAUAAUGGGACUGCGAAUGUCUUUGUUACCUCGAGACUAAUCCCAAAAAUCGCCGCUAAGUUUGAAGGUGCCAUCUCACUGGAGAUACGGGCAAGUGAUGAUGAUGUAGGUAGAUAUAUCGAUGGACAAAUUACCCGACUGCCAGGUUUUGUGGUUCGUCAUGACGAAUUACGGAAAGAAAUAAAAGCUGGCAUUGUUGAGUCUGUACAGGGAAUGUUCCUCCUUGCUCAGCUCCAUCUUGAUUCCUUAACUGGGAAGAGGUCUCCAAAGGCUGUGAGAACCGCUCUCGCAAAACUGUCCACGGGUUCCGAGGCAUAUGACUAUGCUUAUCAAAGCGCAAUGGAGCGAAUCGAAGGGCAGGGACCAGACCGACGAGAACUCGCUAAACAAGUUCUAUCGUGGAUUAUAUAUGCAAAGAGACCUCUUACUACAAGGGAACUUCGAUACGCUCUUGCAGUGGAGCCUUGGGAACGUCAAAUGGACGAGGAGAAUCUACCGCAAGUUGAAGACAUGGUUUCGGCAUGUGCUGGCCUGGUCACGAUAGAUAAAGAAAGCGAUAUCAUCCGACUGGUUCAUUAUACAACACAAGAAUAUUUUGAACGGACGCAAGAGAGAUGGUUUGCAAAUGCCGGGUCCGAGAUUACAACAGCUUGCAUUACCUAUCUUUCAUACGACGUCUUUGGAAGCGGGCCUUGCGUAUCAAGAGACGAAUUAUUCGAGCGACUAAGGAUUAAUCCGCUCUAUAGCUACGCUGCACGAUUCUGGGGGUGUCAUCUAAGGUCGGCUCCAAUUACCUGUAAUGGAUUGAUCGGUUUCAUCCAGAAAGGACCUUAUGUCGAGGCAGCUGCACAAGUCUUCCCAGGAUUCCAAAGCCACAGUAAGGAGGAAUUUCCAGACCAGAACUCUACAGGCUUACAUCUACCAGCACGCUUUGGGACCCUGGAAGCGACAUGUGCUUUUGCUGAAAUGAUGAAAAUCCUGGAUUUACCAAACUAUCCACGUCAAUCACUAUUAUUCACGCCACUGCUAGAGAACAUACGAAAGUUACCAAGUCCCUGCUAGAUGAGGUAAAUAUCUGCAUUGCUAGAAUAGUAGCCUAUAAAGGUCAAGCACUAUCAGCCAAGGCAAGCAUGUAUCACUCACUUACUACCUUAAUGAGAUGCUGUUGGAAAAUAAAGCAAAUAUAAAUAUAGCAGACGACGAGGGCAGAACACCCUUGUGUCAUGCUACAUUGAGGCGAAACGAAGCAAUAGUACGGUUAUGAAUCGGGCGCUACCUAGAUA